GUCCGUUCUUCCCUCUUUCGCAAUUUCUCACUGUCCCAGGAAACGUUCACAUUUAGUCCUUGGAAAUAAUGAGCUGAACCAGUUUGACUCCUUACUCCCUGUUUUCUCUCGCGCACUCUCUUGACCUAUCCUUCGGUGCUGUUGUUGCCAUGGCCUCCGCCCCAGACAGCCUUCCACACAAGCCAGAAAACAUCGACACCCGCUCGGUUAUCUCUAUGCGGGAAAUCGACCCUUCUCCAGUGGAGGAUGGGUUUCCAGAUCUUGAAAGUAGCGAAUAUUCUCCCAAGCUGCACGCGCAGUCCCAAGAGUCACUGCGGGUGAACACGAGCGCAGCGUCAUCUGUGACUCUGGGUCUCCGCGGACAUAGUUGGGAUUCAUGGUUGACUGCAUUUCAACGAUAUUCGACGUACCCACCUAGCUUGUUUCUUGCUCUGCACUUCACCAAUACCUCAAUACUUCCUCUCAUGACCCGCUCGGUGAGCGCAAGUGAAAACUAUCUGCUGCUCACCAGGCCUUUCUACCAAUCCCCGUCACUUGAACAUGUCGUUCUCACCGUACCAAUUCUGGUGCAUAUUCUGUCUGGGAUUGCCCUUCGUAACAUCCGGUCUUCACGGCGGGCCCGACUUUACGGCGCGGAAACUCGGUCGCAGCGAUCUUCUCUCACGUUCUGGCCACGAAUGAGUCUACAGGCUCGCCUGGGCUAUUCACUCAUUCCACUACUUGGUGUGCAUGUCCUCGUCAAUCGCAUCGCUCCGGUCCUGGUUGACGGCGGAAGCUCAGGAGUUGGACUUGGCUAUGUUGCUCACGGCAUUGCACGGUCCCCGAUCUUCUGGAACAUAUACUAUCUGGUCUUUGUUGCUGUUGGAGUGUGGCAUUUCGUCGGUGGGUGGGCCUCUUGGAUGGGUUGGAAAGUUGCGACCAUUCGGAAGCAGCGCGGUGUAAAAAAUGGUUCACUCGAAGGCUACCUGGGUUAUAGUGAAAGCGAACAACGAGUUCGAAGACAAAAGAGAAUGUGGUGGGCUGUAAAUACUAUUGCUGCGGUGGGUGCAUCUUUUUGGCUGGCUGGUGCUCUAGGGGUCAUUGGGCGUGCCGGACCGGGCUCUGGGUGGGAAGCCAGCGGAUGGAAUGACAUUUACAACCAGGUCCCCAUGAUCAAGGCCUGGUUAUGAGCUAUGAUAUCUGUUACUUUUGCUCUAUGUAUGAUAUACAUGGGGAUGAACAUAUUACUGC